UAAUUGCUUGACGUUUCUUUUUAUAACCUCAAAAUGACAGAAGAAAAAAUUCUUGAAUUAUUGCUUCCCAAACAUUACGAUUACCCCAAACUCGAGUCAAACGCCGCUGAGACGAUUGCAAAAAGCCUCACUGACAUUAUUUACGACACUUUGACGCCUAAAUCGACCAAUAAAAGACUGAACGUUCUUAAAUUGAUCAAAACAUUUGCGUCACAUGUCGAUGAGACAAAUUACACGACUUUUAUUGACGCACUUGAGGGACAAUUUGAUGAUACCAGUGAUGAUUUUUUAAAUAAGGUCAAAAGUGAUUUAAAGGGGCAAUUACCCAAAAAUUUGUGCGAGGAAGUGUUGCAAUUUUAUCAGAGAAGGAAUCAGAAACGCGAGGAGAGGAUAAAACGGCUUGAAUUGAUCAAAAAAUACGACCAAGAAACGCUAAAUAAUGAUAAUUUUUUGUAUAGAGUUACACGAAGUAUUACGCAUUACGAAACCAGUGAAAAUCUUGUGAAACAAUUAUUAAAUAACGAACAGGAGGAUCAAAAUUGUCACAAAUUAGUCGACUUCAAUUCACUUGAUUAUAGGGGGAAACAAGUACAGUUUGCGUACGGAUUACUUUACUUGAAGCGUUGGGGGACCUUGAGAAAGGUUUUACAACGGUUAAAAACGUACGAAACUUUGACAGAUUUUGAAAAAACAUUCUUGAGUUACUUAAACGAAAAUGGUGAAUGUUUGAGGGAGAUCCUAGUCAAGGAUUUUAUUUUUCUAUACGAGAAUAUUGUUUUGAGUCUGUGUACACGAAUAAUUCAACUACACGACGCUCAAAUACCCCAAUUUUUUGCAACUUUGCUCUGUGAUAAACAAUAUCUAAUCCUGAAAAGUUUGUGUUCAAAUAACAAAUUUAGGCUAAAACUGAAAAAUUUACUCUUCGAAUUGUACGGUUUCAGCUUUUGUAAUGUGAAUUUAUUGAAAUUUAUAGAUUUAUUUGAAUAAAUGAUUUCUAACAGCGCC